AUUAAUUAUCUAAAACAAAAAAUAAAUUAUGGAUGCCCUUUUUGCUAAAGGAAAAGAAUUUCUUAGUUCCAAAGAUAAAGAUGAUGACAAAGAAACUUCCAAUCGAACAAAACAUCAUGAUGACGUGGAUGAUUCCGAUGACCGCCCUGAGAGGAAAACUUCCGUCAAGUCCGGCGGCCGUGGCGGCGGCGGUCGAGGUGGUGGCCGGUCGGACGACGACAGUGACGGCGAGAGGCCCGCUGGCGCCGGCCGUGGUGGCGUCAAGACCGGCGGAGCCGGCCGUCGUGGUGGUAAGAUGGCGGCAGGCGGUGCUCCUAACCCAAAUGAGCACAAACAACCAACAACCUCUGAGCUAAUGGCUAGCGCGAAGUUGGUGGCUGCAGCUGCACAGUCCCAAUUAGGUGGCGGAGGCGAGGGCAAGCCAAAAGAAGAAUUGGACACCGGAAAGCUUGCCGGAGCCGCCGCUGACCUCCUUGCGGCCGCUACCCAUUACGGGAAACUAGGAGAUGAUGGAAUCGGUAAGUAUAUCGGCCAAGCUGAGGAUUAUCUCCAUGGCUACGAGCUUAAGAAUGUGAAACCCAACAAAGCUGGUGCUGGUGCUGGAUCCAAAAAAAGUACUUCCAGUAAUGCGGAGCGCAAGAACUCAUCGGAGUCCCGCCCACGGGGCAAUGCAAAAGAUGAUGAUGAUGAGCGCGGAGAGCAUGCCAGGAAAGAGAAGAAGAUGCCAUCAAAGAAACAAUCUGGUGACAAUUACGGUCAUGAUCGCGAGGAAGGUGAUGAUGAUCGUGCUAGAGGCCACGACGAACAUAUGACAAAGGGUAAAGAGAUGCCUAAGAAACAAGUUGGUGAUGAUCAUUCCGGAGAUGAGUAUGGCGAGCACACAAGGAAAGGUAAGGGAAUGCCUAGGAAACAAUCUGGUGACCGUGACAACCGUGAACGUUCAAAGGAAAAUGAUGAUGAUCACUCGAGAUCUGGACGUGGUGAAAGUAAAGGAAUGCCCACGAAAAAAUCUGGGGGCCAUGGACAUGAUGAACAUUCAGAUGAAGAUGAUAGUCGCUCUGGAGGGGGGUAUGGGUAUGGCGAUUAUAUAAAAAAAGCUCAAGGAUUUCUCAAGAAAAAGUCGGACAACGGUGAUGGAAGUCCAAGGGGUGAGGAUGGAGAUUCUGGAGGUGGGAUGGGUGGGGUCAUGAAAAUGGCUCAAGGUAUGUUCAAGAAAGAUUCCGACGACCGUGAUGGCGAUCGUAGCCCCACCAAACAUUCUAAUGAGAAAGAUGGGAACAAAACAGAUUAUCUUAAGAUGGCUGGAAGCUUUUUCAAAUAA